AUGCCUUCUGAGGAACCUGAGAAGGGAGACAAAGGUAAGCCAUACUUCUACGAGAUUGCACCCUUGCUUCAUGGUGUCCCUUUGGGUUGCAUCAACAGCUUGGACAGCAGUCGUAGACCGAGCGCUGACAAGCAACCCCAUCCAGUCACGUGGAACUGGGGAAGCGGCCAGCCCGGUGGUACCGUUGCCGAAACCAAAACUGAAGGCGACAUUGCCAUCACUUCAAAGCGCGGCAACAAGGUCAAGAAGAAUGCUGAACCCAGUAAUCCAGCCGUCCAUGUCGAACGAUCCGGCAACGAUGUUGUGAAGAAAGCGUCCGAGCUCAACGUCGUCGAGAAAGCCAACGGUUCCUCCGGGACUGACGGGAAGCAAGAACCGAAGACCGAAAGCAAUGCCGGCGACAAGAGAAAGCAUGACGAGACAGAGAAAGACUCAGAUAAAGCAGACAAGCCAGAAGACAGGGCAGACAAGCCACUAGAGGAGAAUGCCGACGGGAAGACCGUCAAGGCCAAAGACAACAACAAGAAGCAGAAGAAGGAGGCCAAAGAAGAAAAGAAAGCUGAAGAGCCCAUCGUCGAGAAAGGUAAACGUGGCCGGCCCAAGAAGGCCGACGGUGCUCUUCCCAAGGCAAAGAAGGAGCCUACUCCCCGUUCCACUGAGGGUAUCGGUUCAAGAACCAGGAGUCGCGGAGCUUAA